CCCAUCCAGAACAGAAGCUCUUUGCCAGUGUCCAUAUCAGAUUAAGUAUGACGGAUUUCACAGGUGCUGAAGACUACCAGGACAAGUUUGAUCCAAAAGCCUAUCUGGAAGGAUAUUUUCGUUUUGGAGAAGGAAGCAUGGGAGAUGAAUAUUUGACAUCUAUCCUCAAAGAAUAUGCUAAUGUUUUUAUGUCAGGUAAAGUGAAAGGCAAAACCCUGAUUGAUAUCGGGACUGGUCCAACCAUUUAUCAGCUCCUGUCAGCCUGCGAAGUGUUUGAGGAGAUCAUUGCUACAGAUUAUACCGACAAGAAUCGAGAGGAACUAGAGAAAUGGCUCAGAAAUGAGCCUGAUGGGUUUGACUGGAGCCCUGUUGUGAAGCACGUUUGUGAACUUGAAGGAAACAGGGAAAAGUGGAUGGAGAAACAAGAAAAAAUAAGGAAAUGUAUAAAACAAGUCCUGAAAUGUGACGUCAUGAAGAACAAUCCUGUAGAACCAGUAAUUUUGCCUCCAGCAGAUUGUUUGCUCAGCUCUGAGUGCUUGGAGGGAGCUUGCAAGGAUCAAGAAGCCUUUUGUGUUGCCCUAAGAAAUAUCAGCACUUUGCUAAAACCAGGGGGUUAUCUAGUGCUUUGUGGGGUCUUAAACACUAAUUAUUACAUGGUGGGAAAUGUCAAAUUCUCCUGCCUGUGCAUGACAGAGAAGUUGCUAAAAGCAGCUCUUCAUGGGGAGGGUUACAUUAUUGAGUACAUGAAAUUAUCUGACAGAAAGGAAAAGACAAUGCAGGAACUAUGUGAUUAUAGUACCACUUACCUCCUUGUAGCUUGCAAACACAACUAAUUACACUAAUAUGUAGCUCAUUUUCUCAAUGAUGGAAGUAGCUGUUUCCUUCGAUCAUCUAAUGCUGGUUCCCAUUACCACUAGCAGUUCCUAGAUCCUCUGAUACCAGUUACCAUUUCCAUUAACAAUCAUAUGAUCCUGGUUCCAAUUUCCAAAACCAGUUGCAAGAUGCUGUUUCCAUUAUCAACUAAAAGUCCCUAGAUCCUAAAUUUGAUAUAAAUAUUCUAUAUCUCUGCUCCAGACCUAUGUCCUUCCUUGCUAACCCGUGUCACUAACUGUCUUUCUCACAUCUUUUCAUUGAUGUCCUCUCAUUACCUUAAGCUAAAUCUCUCCAAAACUGAGCUCCUUAUUUUCCCCCUUCUUCUAAAAUCUCCACCCCCAUCUCUCUAUAACUGUCGACAACUCCAUCAUUACCCCUACCCCGCAUGCCCGAUGUCUUGGGGUCACACUUGACUCAGAUCUUUCUUUUACUGCUCACAUUCAGGCCUUGACUAAAUCCUGACGCUUCCACCUUAAAAACACCUCUAGAAUUAGACAUUUCUUUACACAAGACACAAUUUAGAUCUUAAUCCACUCUCUCAUCCUUUCCCGUCUUGACUACUGCAACUCCGUCCUCUCUGGUCUCCCUAGCUGCUGUCUAGCUCCAUUACAAUCCAUAAUGAAUGCCUCUGCCAGGCUCAUUUUCCUUACAAGUCUAUCUUCAUCUGCUGCAUCUCUCUGGCAAUCCCUCCACUGGCUUUCUCUUGCCUCCUGGAUUAAACACAAAAUUCUGACUCUGACAUACAAAGCCCUCAACUGCACUGUUCCCCUCUAUAUCUCAGACCUUGUCUUCAGAUACUCUCCCUCCCAUCCCCUUUGUUCUGCUCACAAUCUACUUCUCUCUUGUUACCUCUUCACAUUCCAUUUACAGGACCUCUCCAGACUGGCUCCCAUCUUGUGGAAUGCUCUGCCUCGCUCCACAAGACUCUCCCUUAGUUUUGAAAGCUUCAAGCACUCCCUAAAGACUCUUCUGUUCAGGAAUGCAUACAACCUACACUAACCUUUCCUAAUACUAGUUCCUCUCCUCCAUUGCUAUCUGCCAUGAACCCUUUAGAAUGUAAGCCUAAUAGCCCAACUGCUUGCAGAUCACCUUCAUAAGAGCUGACUGCAACAGUGCGACUCUAGGCAGGGCCCUCUACCCAUUUGAUCUCUAUAAUUGCUACCUUGAAUACUGCCUAUGUUAAUUGUGCUGCAGAAUCUGUUGGCGCUCUACAAAUAACUGAUAAUAAUAACUUUCUUUGACCAUGUAACUAUAAAGCUUUGGAAUCAAAUUCAUAGCUUGGGUCAAACAACAUACUAUAUACUGAUAAGCCCCAAAGAGUCAAAACAGUUUGUCUGGCUUAUAGUUUAAAAGGAAUAUUGAAGUAGAAAUAAAUGUUCAUGAUUCAGAGCGUAUAAAAAUUAACAAAAAUUCCAGUUUACUUCUAUUAUUAAAUCUACAUCUUUCUCUUGUUCUCUUUUGUUAAAAGUUAGCUCCUUUCCUUGAGAGCAUACUGGAGUGUGCAUGUGAGCAUUAUAGGUCUAUACAUAUGGCUCUAUGCACCUGAGCCUACCUUGGUAUGUUGUCAUGAAAGGGAACUAUAUUUUAACAAAGAAUAACCAAGAGAAAUAAAUACAUUUGAUAGUAGAAGUAACUCAAACAAAUGUUUUAAAUUAUAUACUAUCUAAAUCUUGAAAGUCUUAUUUUGACCUCCAUGCCUGUUUAAUUGAGUACUUCAUUCCCCCUUGGUUUUAACAUGGUAGUGUUUGAAUCUGUUUGAAUGUUUCUGUUACAAAAUAAUGCAGUUUAAGAUAUGUUUAACUUUUAUUCUCUUGUUGUGUCUGCAAGUGGUAAGAUUUGUCAGAUCUACAGAUUACGCUAAGCUCUGCUAGACACACAAGGAAGGAACAUCGUGCUCAGACCACACACUGACACUGAGUAAUCCAUCUAAAAACAUACAGUAAAGAUUAAAUAAAAUGUUUAAAUAAUCCUCCUCCAAAUAUGAAAUAAUCAAAUAAAUUAAUAUUGCACAUUUA